GACGCUGGCUGGCUGCUGGUCGCCGGCUCCACCCCUCCCGCAGACGAAGGCAUGGCGAGCACCGAGGCUAGAAGGGAGUGCGAAACGGAGGGCUGCAGCAAGGACGCCAAGCUCCAGUGCCCCACCUGUAUCAAGCUCGGCAUUCAGGGCUCUUAUUUCUGCUCACAGGAAUGUUUCAAAGGAAGCUGGAUCUCUCACAAGUUGCUGCACAAAAAAGCAAAGGAAGACAAGAACCAGAAUGAACCCAAGAACUGUGUGGAGAAGGAAAUCAACACAGACCCAUGGCCAGGCUACCGCUACACAGGAAAACUACGCCCUCACUACCCACUGACUCCCAUGAGGCCUGUACCAGGUGACAUCCAAAGACCUGACUAUGCUGAUCAUCCCAGAGGGAUGUCUGAGUCCGAGCAGUUCUUGAAGGGGACGUCGCAGAUCAAGAUCCUCUGCCCUGAAGACAUUGAAGCAAUGAGAGUAGUGAGCAAGCUGGCACGAGAAGUCCUGGACAUUGCAGCUGUGAUGGUGAAACCCGGUGUUACAACAGAAGAAAUUGACCACGCUGUGCAUCUGGCUUGCACAGCGAGGAACUGCUACCCCUCCCCUCUCAACUAUUACAACUUCCCUAAAUCCUGCUGCACGUCUGUCAAUGAAGUCAUCUGCCAUGGGAUCCCGGAUAGAAGACCACUGCAAGACGGAGAUAUCCUCAACGUGGACAUCACCGUCUAUCACAACGGUUUCCAUGGCGACCUCAACGAAACCUUCUACGUCGGAGAGGUGGACGAGGCGGCGAAGAAGCUGGUUCAGACUACAUAUGAAUGCCUUAUGCAAGCCAUCGACUCUGUAAAGCCUGGCAUUCGCUACCGAGAGCUGGGUAACAUCAUUCAGAAGCACGCUCAAGCCAACGGCUUCUCCGUGGUGCGAAGCUACUGUGGCCACGGCAUCCACAGACUUUUCCACACCGCCCCCAAUGUGCCACACUACGCCAAAAACAAAGCAGUUGGAGUUAUGAAGCCUGGCCAUGUGUUCACUAUUGAGCCCAUGAUAUGUGAAGGUGGCUGGCAAGACGAGACGUGGCCUGACGGCUGGACGGCCGUGACCAGAGACGGGAAGCGUUCGGCUCAGUUCGAACACACCCUGCUGGUGACGGAGACCGGCUGCGAGAUCCUCACCCGCCGCCUGGAGGACAACGGACGCGCUCAUUUCCUAAAUCAAAUGUAGGCUGGACCAGAAAACACCAAGGACUGGACUUAUACAAACACCCACACAAACACUCACGCUUCACAAUCAAGAGGCGCCGCUCUUAGAGCUCAAUGUCACUGCAGCUCUCAUGGUUAUCUGAAUUAAAUUGGUUCCUCAAACUAAAUGGGAGUACUUGAAUGUGUCUUAUAUCAAAUGUGGAUUGCUUUAUUAGUGAAAAUUGUAUCCUCUGGAGGAAAUAUAAAAAGUAUUUAUGAGAUUUGGUUUUGCUUAAUGGCCAAGCUUGACAUCAGGCUUUUUUUUUUAGACUGUGUGUCAUGUCACCCGGAGCUCUCACUGGCUGGCUAGUUGUCGUCUUUAAAGUGUGGAGCUCAGGACAAAUUCAACUAGUACGCCAUGCUUUGCUUCCUUUCUCUCCGCCUCCGCUCUGUUAACCACACAUCGUAUUCAUUUACCAGAGAUGGGCUGAAAUGAAUCAGCAAUAUCAGGAAACGGCAGGGGUUCCAGAAAGAGGGGGUCUACAAGACCCUGGCAACGCAGAACGUGAUGGAACAGAGGCAGUGUUGUGUUGAUAUCCACUAAGCCCACAGCGGCUGGUUAGCUUGGCUUAGCUGAGCUUAUAUUAAAGAAACCCUAUGAAAACGUCUGUCUUGGCUCUAGCCAAAGCUCAGCUCUCAAGUAAUUAACACGUAUUACAGUUAAGUCUGAACAAAAAAAAAAGCAAAAUUUCAAACCAGUAGCUGUAUGUGUCGAGAAAUAUUGAUGUUACAGAUUUAGGGUUAUUUGGUGAGCUUUAGAGACGCGAUUAGCCAAGAAAGCGGUUUUCCCCUGUUUCAUGCUAAGCUAAGCUAACAAUCGUCUGGCUGUAGCUUCAUAUUUAGCAAGCAGGCAUAAAAAUAAAAGGCAAACAAAUCUACUAUAAUUUGAUUUCCUGCUUCACGACCCGUUGAGCAGCUGAUAGUAUACUGUAUCAUUAAACUGCUGAGGCGUCCCGUACGUGCACCAAAACCCCAAUUGUUCUAUCUGAGUGUGGCUAUUAUUAGUGCCAGCUGAAGACAUCAGCAACAGUUGCUAGGAGAAUAGUGACGUAUGCCCUGAGCGUCUGUGUGUAUAUCCAGAAUGAGACAACACUGAGCUCCAAAGAAGAAGGAAAAAAAAAAAAUAAAAAAAUACUGGACCUUAUUUUGUGUCUCAUGUCUCCAAUAGCCCUGGUGUAGCAAAUUGAGCCUUAACAUGUGAAUCUAGGAAUUAAAAGUAUGCUGGAUACUGGGUGGUACGUGAACUGGUGUGUCUCCCCCUCCCCUCUGUUCAGCAGUCACCAUUUAACCUUGAUGUGGAGAUUUUCCUGAUGCGUGCAGCAUUUGUUAUUUCUACGUAUUCAGAGGACUAACGUGAUCACAGUUUAUCUGCCGUCUUUGUAUUUCUUCUAAUGGAGUAAUAAAAGACUCUUCUGUA